AUGGUUAUCGUGUUGUUUAGAGGAACAAUGAAGUACCGUGUGCAUGACCUUGUCUUAGAGCAUAACCAUGAGUUGCACAUUGCUCAAUGUGCGCACAUGAUGCCAUCACAAAGAAAAGUGAGCGAGACUCAAGGAUUCCAAGCUGAAAUAAGCGAGGACGCUGGGCUUUCAUUGAAACAGAGUCAUGAGCUUAUGGGAAAGGAGGCAGGUGGGAUGGGAAAUGUGGGAUAUACUCGGGAAGACCUGAAACGAUAUCUUCGUACUCGACGGGAAAGGAGUUUGAAAUAUGGAGAAGCAGGUUUGAAAUAUGGAGAAGCAGGUAGCAUGCUGAAUUAUUUUCAAGAGCAAACACUCGAGAAUCCAUCGUUUUUUCAUGCCGUACAGCUGGACUGUGAAGAGCAGAUAACGAAUAUCUUUUGGGCUGAUGCAGGAAUGUUAAUUGACUACAAAUUUUUUGGAGACGUAGUCACAUUCGACACAACCUACAAAACAAAUAAAGAAUACCGGCCACUUGGAGUGUUUGUGGGUUUUAACCAACAUAGGCAAAUUGUGAUAUUCGGUGCUGCCCUUAUGUAUGAUGAGACUAUAGAUUCUUUCAAAUGGGUGUUUGGUACAUUUCUAGAAGCAAUGUGCGGAAAGCGUCCAAGUACCAUACUAACCGACCAAGAUCAUGCCAUGGCAGCCGCUCUUUCAGUUGUUAUGCCUGAAACAUUUCACGGUCUAUGUACGUUUCACAUAAGGCGUAAUUUUAUGAAACAUCUUGGCAAUCACUACAAGGAAAAUAGUGAUCUUCCAUACAUGUUUGGUGCAUGCAUGUAUGAGUUUGAAGAAGUGGAACAAUUCAAUAGGGUGUGGGAGGCGAUGGUGAAGAAACACAAUCUUGAAAAUAAUGAAUGGCUCUCCGGGUUGUAUAGAAUUCGUGAUAAAUGGGCAAGGUGCAUGAUGAAAGAAAGAUGGACCGCGGGAAUGCGAAGCACCCAACUCAGCGAAAGCCUAAAUGCAGCAAUUAAAAAUCAUUUGAAACUGGAUCAUGACCUUGUGCAGUUCUUUAGACAUUUCAAUCGGGUGGUUGAUGAAAAGAGACAUAAUGAACUGAUCGCAGAAUAUGAAAUGAGGCAAAAGCUCCCCAUGGUAGGGUUAAGGCAAACACCUAUGCUUGUGCAUGCAUCAGAGACGUAUUCACCAACCGUAUUUGUUGCAUUCCAAAAUGAAUAUGGCGAGUCAACAGCUAUGGUUAUAUUGAGACAACAAGAUGCAGCGAUGUUUGUGGAGUUUGCGGUCAUGAGGUAUGAUGGAGGACCUGAAAGAACAGUAGUAUUCAAUCGGAAUGAUCUAAGUGUACGUUGCAGUUGCAAAAAAUACGAGAAUGAAGGCAUUUUAUGUGGGCACGCGUUGAAGGUGUUUGAUACCGUGGGCAUAAAAAUAAUUCCUCCUGAAUACAUUAAGAGGCGAUGGACAAAAAGAGCUCGGGCUGGAGACUGUUUUGAUCGGCGAGGAUAG